AUGCUUUAUGAGGCACUGUCGCGCAUCAUUGGGGACAUGUGCGUCCGCUUGGGGGUGCCGCUCACUCUUCGUUGCAUCUCUCUGCUGCUGGAUAACGUGAUUAAUGAGGACGUAUUAGAGGCGGCUUGCCAGCGCAUGAUUGAGGAGGGCAAGCUGAUUCAGGUUGACAAGGAUUCUUACACAACGCGCAACAUGCGCUUUGCGUGUCGCGUCAACCUCCUGAUCAGUCGUGAGUACCAGCGAUUGGGAAUGACGCUCCUUCACACAGACGGGGACUCGGCGGUGCGGUAUAUACCCGCCGGCGCAGAGCACCGCUUCUUGGAAGUGAAGCCUUCUUCCAUUGGUGCUCAUGCUGGCCUUGGCCUUUUCCUGCGUUCAACCCGGCGCGUGCCGCAAGGCUGCAUCCUCUGCGAGUACCGUGGGCGCAUCCUCACCUCUGCAGCCAGCAGCGUGGCGAAGGGACUGUACGUGGUGCGAGUGCGCUCCAGCGGCACGUUUAUUGACGGCGUUACAACUACCGGCGAGCACCUUUCACUCGCUACCUUUAUCAAUGACCAUGGCCCUCUGAGGGCGAAUGCACAGCUAAUGGAAUACGACUCCCACUCAGGUCGUGUGUUCAUUGUUGCGAUCCGCGACAUAGCUCCUGCUGAGGAGAUCUUCGUCUUGUAUGGCGCCACGUACUGGGGCUUCUCGUCCUACGAGGAACUCAAGCAGCACUUGAGGCCGCCGUCUACGCCCGCCGCCAAGGCCGCGACGGCACUGAGUCAGGUGUCCAAGUGCCGAAAGUGUGGCGAGACCGUGCCGUGGCGGGCUGUGCGGCUCCACAGCGACGUCUGCGGCGAUCCGCUCACGUCGAUAUUGCUGCUAAACCUUGACUGUCUUCCGCGAAGCGAGUACACGGUUGUCUGCACGGCUGGCCGCAUCCUCGCCGGCGAGCGUGUGCGUGCUUUUCACAAAGCAACGUCACUCGUGAGCCUGUCAGACCCGCAGACGUUGGCACACACCUUCGAGGACAUUGUACAGGACCUGGAGUUUUGCUUCCCCGCUGAGGCUGAAGGAGAGGGCUCGUCGUAG